CUGUUGUACCCAUGGCAAUGGCAUUUUUAUAGAAAUAAAAUAUUCAUUAACAAAUAUAUAAAAAGAAAAUUCUAGUUAGGAAAAUAGUAAUUUAGAUAGGAAUGAGUCAUGAGAGAGAGGGGGAGAAUAAAGUUGGGAUCGUAAUCUUAAGAUGGCUGAGAGGAAAUUCGUACUUCCGCGAUGACCUCGAAACAGGAAGAGAGAGAGAGAGAGGAGACGGUGCGACGUCGUUUAAGGAGCACAGGCGUGUCACGAAAGCGGAACAUCCCUGUGUUCCCCGCUUAUUGAGCCACGUACAAGUAUGAGUUACCCACGCGUUGGACUUGGACCGCCGGGUGGAGCCUCUUACCUGACACUUGGACGGCCAGGAUGUAAUCGUAGCUCUCAUGCUCAGGGUUAACUCGUUUUUUUUUUUUUGCAUGGAGCUGGGGCUCGCUUUAAUUUAGUUUUAGUAGAGCACUUAUUAUAUCUUGUUGUUUCCCCCAUUUUCAUUUUUCCCCGCGAUUUCCUUUCCCCCACCCCGAUUGAGAAUUUUCAUUUUUGGUUUGCUAAUCGCUAGCUCCUUGUAGGGGUCUGUUGUGGAGAGAUAGAUUCAUCAUACAUAUAUAUAUGCGGUUUCGGCAUAAAUAUAUUAUGCAUAUGAGGUGACGUUAUAGAUUGUAGUUAAGAGAGAGAGAGAGUGUGUGUGUUGUAGGCUUACCUGGACGGGUGGAGCGGAUUGGCGAUGGCGGACAUCGGCGGCGAGGUGGUGAGUAAGAGCAGCAAGACGUCGGAGCCUUGCAGACCGGGCUCACGAGCGGCGAGGCAUCGGAGGAUGGAGAUACGCCGGUUCAAGUUUGUUGCUGCGAUGGCUACGUGUGAGUCUGAGAACGGACUCAAGGGGCAGAAUCUCGACCUGCCUACGCGAGGGGAAGAUGACGCCAUCUGGAGCAGUGGUUCGGACAGAGGUGAGCGUGUUCUGGAUCCGGAAACGGAAGAGGUCACGAUUUCCGAUCCGUCUAGCGAUUUAUUAUUGACUCCAGGUUUGAUAAUUUCGCCUCCGAAGUUCGGCGCGGCAUCGAUUUGUGGUCGGCGGAGGGACAUGGAAGACGCGGUGGCUAUCCACCCGUCGUUUUGCCGAAGAGAAAAUGAAACCGAGGCGGAAUUCCAUUAUUUCGCCGUUUACGAUGGCCAUGGCUGCUCUCAUGUGGCGAUGAAGUGCAGAGAUCGGUUACACGAACUGGUAAAGGAAGAGCUGGAGAACGACGACGCGAGUGCUGGGACCGACUGGAAGACUGCCAUGGAGCGGAGCUUCCAUCGCAUGGACAAGGAGGCAAAUAUUGCUUGGAAUGGAACGACGGUUAGGGCCAAUUGCCGCUGCGAGCUCCAAUCGCCGGAGUGCGACGCCGUCGGAUCAACGGCGGUUGUCGCAAUCGUGACUCCGGAUAAGAUUGUCGUCGCCAACUGCGGCGAUUCUAGAGCCAUUCUAUGCCGUGGAGGCAAGGCCGUUCCCCUCUCAGCGGAUCACAAACCGGAUCGUCCGGACGAACUGAACCGGAUCGAAGCCGCCGGAGGGAGAGUGAUAUACUGGGAAGGCCCGCGAGUUCUUGGUGUGCUCGCCAUGUCAAGAGCCAUCGGUGAUAACUAUCUGAAGCCUUACGUGAGCUGCGAGCCGGAAGUGACCUUGACUAAUCGGACGGCGCACGACGAGUGCCUGAUACUGGCGAGCGAUGGUCUAUGGGAUGUGGUGUCCAACAACACUGCUUGCGGCGUGGCGCGGAUGUGCCUCAGGCGGCAGGCGCGAUCGCCGGAGGGCGAGGGCGGCGGAGAAAACGCGGACAAGGGGUGCUCGGACGCGUCGGCGACGUUGACGAUGUUGGCGCUGGCGAGGCGCAGUACUGACAACGUGAGCGUGGUCGUUGUAGAUCUGAGGAGACACACGUAGCUUGACUCUAAGGAUAGGAGUCUGUUGGGAUAUUAGUGGCCACAUGGCAUUACUUUCUACUUUUGUCUUACUGGUGAUGUUUUGAGCAACGAAUGGGCAACGCCGGACCGUAACACGGAAAUGCAAACGGAAUAAAAGGGAUUUUUUCAAUAAUUGCUUUUUGUUUGUUUUUUCA